GAGUUUGUGGCGGAGGGGGGAGGUGGUGGCAAGUGGCCGUGGAAGAAGAUUUCAUCGGCCGGAGAUAAGGGAGGAAGGGAUUUGGUUUUGUUGUCGCGGCGGCCGGGGUGGUUUUGGACGGCGGGUGGAGGGAGAUGGUGAAGGAGAAUUCAUGGGAUGGAGAGGAUGAGUAAGAGAUUGGGAAUUCUAGCGUUCUUGGUAACAACCACCUGGUGUUUGAUGAAAUGUCUGUUGAAGUUGUCAGGUUGAUUUGAUUAGGACCUCGCUGGUUGUUUGAUUUUGAUGGAUGGAGAGCUUACUCUGCUGUUUGUUUUCAUAUCCAGUUUCUAACUGCGGUAGCAUUACUAGAUUUUCGCGAGGUGUAGUGUUUGCCUCACGCUCUGACAGCAAGAAACCUUACCAUAGAAAACUGCAGCUUCCCAAGAACCUUCGUCAUCGUCGACGGACUGAGGCUCCACCUGACUUCCAUCCUGUGCUUCAUCGCGACGACGAGGAACAGAUUCCAUGUGAAGAGCUGCAGCCGGAUUCUGAAUCAGCUGACCUUGAGUCCGAUUAUGAUGAAAUUGAUGCUAGUGGAAGUUAUGAUGGAAAUGUAGUUUGGGAGUCGGAUGAGAUUGAAACUAUUUCAUCCCUUUUCCAGGGAAGGAUUCCUCAAAAGCCAGGAAAGAUAAAUCGGGAAAGGCCUCUCCCACUCCCGCUUCCUCACAAGAUUCGACCUUUGGGACUUCCCGUGCCAAAGAAUCUAAUCAGGACUAGUCAUGCUCGUUCUGCGAGGCAGCCCAUAUCCAAUCAGAUGUACAAAAAUCCGGCUUUCUUGAUUAGCUUAGCCAGGGAUAUCAGAAGCCUUCCUCCUGAGGAUGAUGUGUCCACAGUUCUCAACCAGUGGGCUAGGUUUCUCCGAAAAGGGUCCUUGUCGCUGACAGUCCGGGAGUUGGGCCACAUGGGCCUUCCGAACCGAGCCUUACAUGUGUUUUGUUGGGUUCAGAGCCAGCCUCACUUGUUCCCAGAUGAUCGUAUCCUUGCCUCCACUGUCGAGGUCUUAGCCAGGGCGCACGAGUUGAAAAUGCCUUUCGAUUUGGAUAAAUUCAUCAACUUGGCAAGUCGUAGCGUCUAUGAGGCCAUGGUAAAGGGUUUCAUUAAAGGAGGGAAAUUGAGACUUGCCCGGAGGCUUGUUGCAGCUGCCACAGAAGGUAAAAGAAUGUUGGACUCUAACUUGUACGCUAAACUAAUUCUAGAACUAGGGAAGAAUCCUGAUAAAAGAAAGCAUGUAUUGCCAUUGUUGGAGGAGCUUGCAAAGAGAGAGGAUCUUAAACUGAGUCAGCAGGAUUGCACUGCUAUCAUGAAAGUCUGCAUAAAACUGGAGAAGUUUGACAUUGUGGAGGCAUUAUAUGAUUGGUUCAAAAAGUCAGGCGGAGCUCCCAGUGUAGUCAUGUACACCACUAUAAUACAUAGUUGGUAUUUGGAGAAUAGAUAUAGGGAUGCAAUGGCUGUCGUCUGGGAAAUGGAGGCUUCAAAUUGUCCGCUUGAUCUCCCAGCUUAUCGUGUGCUUAUAAAGCUUUUUGUUGCUCUGAAUGAUCUUUCCAGGACUUCCAGAUAUUAUUCUAAGCUCAAGGAAUCUGGUUUUACUGCAACUUAUGAUAUUUACAGGGAAGUAAUUGGAAUUUAUAUGGCUUCUGGGAGAUUAGCCAGGUGCAAGGAAAUCUGCCGCGAGGCUGAGAUGGCUGGAUUCAAGUUGGAUGAACAAACAAGGAAAGUUUUGCUGUAGCUUGGAGUAAUACUAUGUUGAAACCUGAAGAUGUAUAAAUAUUGGAUCGGAAUGCUACUGUCUUUAAGUUACCAUUCAAUGAAAAAAUAUAGCUUUAGUUUCAA